GAGUGGAAAAUAACAAACCUGCGUUACGUCAAAUCUGUGUCAAAUCAUCGUAAUAAGCUGCUUCUUGGAUUACAGCAUUGAGAAAAAAACAUAAAAUCAGUAGAAAUAAAAUUUGCAAUAGAAAGGCGCGUGACGAGUUGAGUGUAAAGGUGUAUAAGGGUAAACGGAUACCGAGUGCAGUGGAGAAAUAUGAGGACGACGACAAGCGAUCCAUGGUCGCUAUCAUUGGCGAGUCGCGAGAUCUGUGAGAACGGUGUCUCCAGCGACGAUAACUGCUCCUUCGAGGACUCGUUUGUUUCGACGUCGUCUAUCAGCGUAGUUGCAUCCAAUACUCGUAACUCAGAGGAUUUGCCGAGAUUACCGGACUCCGAACAGUACUUGGCAAGAUUGGAUUCCAGAUUGAAAGCAAUCAAGAGAGGCACGUCCAAGCGCGACCUCAUAAAUUCGCUGUCUGUUGCGAAAGAGGAUUGCAUCGCACGAUUAAUCAAGGCUGGUGAAGGUCUUGAAAAACCUGAGGAGAUAGAACUCGCAGCUAAUCCAAUCAUCCGGCACAUCGCACCGCAUUUGCAAGCUCUUACCGCAAACGAGCUCGUCCAUCUCCUCAAGGCUGACGCGCUCGAGGCAGCCGUGAACGAGCAAACAAGCUCGGAAGAUAUUGAGGACUCCGAGAACAAAUCAGUAACCAUCAACGGUCAGGAAGAGAACAACGGUCUGUAAAACGGGAAAGAUGACAGGAAAGAUUUUCAAGGGCAAGGUUUUCCUGCUGGUGACCGGGGCGAGCCAGGGCAUCGGGAGGAAAAUCGCCGAGGUCCUCG